GUGAAACAGGUGAAACUUACGCAUGACAUGAUGUAAAUAUAAAGGUUUUAAGAUCAAAACAACACAUAUACAUACCACACUUAAUAGACCAUUCUCCACUUAAAUGCAAUAUUUAUUCUGAAUAUUUAUAUUUGUUCAUGACAUAACGUUUGACAUAAUUAUUUCAAUAUCAGUGACCCGCAGAUGAAACCUAUUUGGUUCUGACCACCUGGCUGCCCUUCAGUGGUAUAUUCAUGCUGACUGUGAUGGAAAGCAUCUGGAAACAUGUCCCAUCAAGGAGUGGUGUGUCUGCUUCUGUGGUUUGGAGCCUUCAUUAAAGGUGUAAAUGCUGAGGUUCAGACUAUUGCAGUGAAGGUAGGAGGUGAAGCCUUCCUCAACUGUCACCUCAUGAAAUCUGAAGAUGUUGUACAAGUCACAUGGCAGAAGAUUUCACCUGAGAUUAAUCUGGCCACCAAUAGCAAGUACUUUAGUCCAAGAGUGAAUCCAGAGUUCAGACACAAGGUGGAGUUUAAAGAUGCUGGACUGCAGAACAGCACCAUAAUUAUCAAGAAUGUGAACCAGCAGGAUGAAGGAUGUUAUAACUGUCUGUUUAACAUCCAACACCAGGGGGCUAUCAUCUGCAAAACCUGCCUCCAGAUCUAUGAGCUGAAUGAACCUGUUCUACAUGUCAGUAAAUCGUCCUCUACUGCAGAGUUCAUUGUGUCCUGUUCAGCCACUGGUCGACCUGCUCCCACUGUCACUCUGAGUGUCCAGGGACAAAACUUUUCACACACCAGUACCGUCAGAGUCCCCAACACUAACGGUACAGUGACGGUCAACACUACAGCUGUACUGUCAGGUCUGCACAGAACCAGUACUAGAGUUAGAUGUUCAGUCCGACUGGCCUUUGGUUCUGAGACAGAGGUGUUUACAACCAUUCCUGGUUUUGAUGAGGAACGUUCACCCAGUGACAGUGAUGACAGUUUGACCAGGAUCAUUGUGUCUGUGGUUCUGGUCUGUGCUGGUGCUGUUGUUGUUGCUGUCGUCAUCACAUCUUUGUACAAAAAACAUGUGAAAUGUCUUUCUCACAGUGACCAUGAGAAGAAUGAAGAUGAGGAAGCGGGAAAGGAACUCAAAGACACUCACAAAACGCCAUCGACCAGAAUGCCACUGAGCAGACUCAAGAAGAAGAAUGAAGGAACGUCCACUGAUUUUUCUGAGGCAGAGGGGAUCUGCUGAGAAGAAUCGACCAAGGGCCAACCCAGAGCAGAAAACUUCAACAGUAAAAGACUGAAUCUGGAGUGUCAAAAGUAAGAAGACUUGGUUGAACAUCUUUCAAGGUCCUGUGCACACGUUCUAUGUGACCUUGAAAAAGUCUCAUUUUUAUAUAUAUGCCUGACUGUAGUCUGCAGUUUAAAAUGAGAUUAUCAGCACCACAACAGGUUUUAUCCAAAUGCUAUUUCCAGCUUCCCUGGUCGGGUUGGAAAAGACUGGACUGAUUUACGGCAGACUUACAUCACUAUGACAACACCACACCCACCGGCAGAGUUUAGCAGUGAGAAGUAAGCUGAACGAGUGAAGAGUAAGAUCUGUCCUUUUUCCUAAACAAAGGGAUUUCUUGGAUUUAUUUUGUUGUAAUGGUGGACACUGGAACUGGAGCUGGACUGGCAGAAAG